AGUCAAUAAUUGACAGUUAUAUCUGCAUUGCUCAUGUUCUACCUAGGUGGCUGUCCAACGAAGGUAACAAUUGACGAGAACCUUAGCAGCCAGAGAACGUGUCCCGCUUGUGGCGAUGUCGCUGUUUCCUCCGGGACUUCUCAGGACUGGCUACAGUGCUGCUUCCUCCGAAUUAUACCUCUGCAUACCGAACGUGUCUGGGUUUGUGAAACUUGUGAUUGGCGCGCACGAAUCAAAGAAUCAGAAUCUACGCCGGGAGCCACAGGCGGUUCGGGUCCCGAGAUGCAACAACCCCGUCCCUCAGGGGAAAUGCAGGUCCCUCUUGCAACGCAAUAAGAUGCCUGGUCGUCAUCUGGAUUCUGGAGGACCUACAACUGUGCCACAUCAAUUAUACAUUGAGCUCUUGCUCGGAUCCGCAAUUUUGAUGUGCGAGCAUACGACAUAAAU